CAUUUUCUAAUUUGCUAGCAUUGAGUUGGCUUGUGGAUUAAAUUUAUACCUAUUUAAUUUUAGUAUUCCUUCACUAUGUUUUGAAUUUCAGCUAGGUAUCUUUGUUAUUUAUUGCCAAUUACAUAUUGUAAAAUAAAUAAUAAAACUACCACCAUGUCGGCUCACGAGCAAAUGAGGGCGAUGUUGGAUCAAUUGAUGGGAACAGCUCGCAAUGGCGAAACGGAUAGACAUGGUGUCAAAUUCUAUGAUGAUUCCGUAUGCAAAUCCUUUUUACUGCAAUGCUGUCCUCAUGAAAUCUUAUCUUCUACGCGCAUGGAUCUAGGUGAGUGUCCAAAAAUUCAUGAUCUGGCUCUGCGUGCAGACUAUGAGUUAGCCUCGAAAACCAAAGAUUAUUUCUAUGAUAUUGAUGCAACAGAGCAUUUAGAGGCGUUCAUAGCAGAUUGUGACCGUCGCACGACCGCGGCGAAACAGCGUCUCGCUGAGACACAAGAAGAGCUAUCAGCGGAGGUUACUGAGAAAGCAAAUGCUGUUCAUGAGUUGGCUGAGCAAAUUGGGCAGAAGUUGGCCCGAGCUGAAGCUUUGGGGGAAGAGGGCAUGGUCGAAGAGAGUGUCAAAUUAAUGGCAGAGAUAGAUGAACUGCGUAAAGAGAAGGCAGUGGCAGAGCAAGAGUACCGUAACUCAAUGCCGGCAUCGUCGUACCAACAGCAGAAGUUGCGAGUGUGUGAAGUGUGCUCUGCGUACCUCGGUAUCCACGAUAAUGACCGCCGUCUGGCUGAUCACUUUGGCGGCAAACUCCAUCUUGGGUUUAUUACUAUACGUGAGAAGCUAUCUGAAUUGAAGAAAACGGUAGAGAAGCGUCGCGAGGAGCGCGGUGCGGAACGCGAGCGCAGCGGCGGACGGCGGCACUACGUGGGCGGCCGCGAGCUCGACCGCCGCGCGCGGAGACACCGCGAGGUGCCGCGCGACCGCGAGCGCAAGGACAACGAGCGGGAGCGCGAGCGGGAGCGUGGGCGCGACCGUGAGCGGGAGCGUGAGCGUGAGCGGGAGAAGAAACGCAGCCGGUCCCGCAGCAAGAGCAAGCGCGCGUCGCGGUCCCGGUCGCGCGGCCGCUCGGCGCGCCGCAGCCGCUCGGCGCGCUCCGCCUCGCGCGAGCGCCGCCGCGACUAGCGCCCGCCGCCGCCACACCCAACAUGCAGCUUGGCUUAGAUUUGCGCUUGCCAACAACAAUAUGGGGUUGUAUUGGACGUUUUGAAAUUUUGGUCAGGCUAUUUUUUUUAUGUAAAUGGUUUAUUUUGUACAUUUUUGGCGGGUUAGACACAGUUUUGAGUUUAAGUUGAAAUGUUUUUAUGCUUGAAUGAUAAAAUAAAUAGAAUACGGAUUAUAAAUAUUUACAUGUGUCAACACUAAAAUAUUAGACUUUCUGUAAAACAGCUAAAUUGCCCGUCCUCAAUAAAUUGAUGACAAUACACCUUUCAUAUGUGCAUCCUAUUGUUAACUUGUAAAUUAUCAGUUACUAAAUACUAUCAACUCUUUCGUACGUGUUUUCUAUUAUUACAUUUCCUCAUUACUUCUGUAUCCCUCUCAGAUAGCUAAUUAUUUCUAGGCAUAUACGGUUCAAAUGUACUAAAUAAAAAAGACUUUUUGCAAAACUUUUGUAGCAAGCAUGGGGAUUGUAACAAGCGCAAAGCUAAUACGAAUUGUUUGGUCGGAGAUAUGAAUGGAGAAUAGAAUAAUUUUUCAGUUUCGAAAAAUUGUAUUUUGUUGCGUAUAUAACUUAUAUACCAUGUUUCUUAAGUUCAAACUCCAUCAUUGUAAUAAAAUCUUAUUUUACCUCGAUUCAUAGAAUUGCUUUUUUCCAUGUGACUGAAAAACAUCACAAAUCACAAUAUAGGAAAAUCGAUACUGAGGUGCAGUGACAGAAAGAAAUUUCUGAUUACCAUAGCUUAUUUAAUAUAUUGGAAUAGUAUGUAAUGUAAUAAUGUAAUGUAGCAUAAGGAAUUUAAUGUUGAAUAUUAUAUAAUAUGUAUUACUUUUCUUUGUUUGCCAUAUUUGUUUUAAUCUCGCAUAAAUAUACAAUAAUGUUGAUAAUAUUUAAUGAAAUGUUUUAUUUUAGAAAAAUUUAUUACAAAUUCAAAAUUGUAUAAAAAGUUUUUAAAUUCUAACUUCUAAGCAAUAUUUUUAAUUUGUUUCUUUGUGGCAGACAAAGUAAAUGUGAUUAGAGUUAUAGCUCAAAAGACUUAGCAGAUAUUGUGACACAUAUAGAUAGGUAAUAGUCGACAAUAUGCUUAGGUUUUGAGUUCUAGCGUUAAUGAGUUCAUUAAGACUUUUGUAAAUUUUUGCACUGAACUGUGUACGAUAAUUAAUUAUUAAUAUUACUAUGAUUGUAAUAUUUUAGGUAGUGAUUGCAAAGAAUUUCAAUAAAUAGAUAAGUCUAGGAUUAGAAUGCAUGAUUCCCAUGUCUUAUUGUAAGAUUUUAAAAUUCUUAUAUUUGCUUUUUUAUUGUUAUUUUCAACUAUAUGCUUGUUCCAAGAUUGCGCAGGCCUAGUAAGUUAAUUAAUAACGACAAUUCUGGUUUUGUGACAGCAUCCUAAAUAUAAUCCAGUCUAUUACUGUUAAUAUUAUUUUACCAUAUUUUGUGUUAAAAUAAAAUGUUUUCAAAA